CAGAAACGGUCUGGUACGCUAUAUUUAACCAGCGACAGUCUUAUUUGCUUCCACAUGAACCCACCAACAAAAGGAUGGAAGGCGUAGAGGGAAGCGGUAGCAGUGCUGGUGGUUCAACCUACACAUUGCAAUCAACAAAGUAUAACAAUGAAGACAUACUCUUCUGUGUUGACGUUGACAAUGAAUGCCUUACUGAAAUGAAGAACACUGGCCCAAAUGGUAGACCAAUUACUCGACUUGAUUCCAUCCAACAAUCAAUCCUCUUAUUCAUCCAUACUAAACUCACUAUCAACCCUGAUCAUCGCUUUGCUUUUGCCCUCCUCUCUAAAUCCGCUGCUUGGGUGCGGAAGGACUUCACGAGUGAUAUUGAUUCUGCAAUUGCUGCAUUCCGGGGGUUGUCCGUGAUCCCAUCAGGGGGUGAAGCAGACCUUACCCAGCUAUUUCGUAUUGCAGCUCAUGAAGCAAAAAAAUCUCGGUCUCAGAAUAGAAUAUUAAGGGUGAUCUUAUUGUAUUGCCGUUCAAGCGUACAACCACAAUUUCAAUGGCCUGUGAACCAGAAAACCUUCACUUUGGAUGUCAUAUACCUCCAUGAUAAGCCAGGACCUGAAAAUUGCCCCCAGAAAGUGUAUGAUGCUCUUGUAGAUGCCCUUGAGCACGUAACUGAGUACGAGGGCUACAUUUUUGAAAGUGGUCAGGCCCUGCAACGUGUUCUUUUCCGUUACAUGUGUUUGCUCUUAUCACACCCUCAGCAGCGUUGCAUGCAAGAUGACCUUGGUUUACCUAUGGCCCUAACUAAAAAAGUACCCGACUCUUCACAGGGUGAUGACACCAUCACCGUCUCCAGCCAAUAAGAACAUUGAUAACUAAUCGACAUGGUACUCGCCACUCGGUGAAUGCGACAUGUUGCAGGUGAAUUUCGAGAUUUUUUUGGGUAGUUGUCAUAUCAACGUUAUCUUCAGAUAUUGCAUCGGUUUGGAUAUUGUUGUCGGUUUUUCUUUUGGGGCGGCCGAGCAGGGCUAAGAUCAUGUUUUUGUUUUUAGGUUAGCAUUAUGUAAAUUAUGAAGCUUUACUACUGAAUUUCAAUCAUUAUAUGUUUAUAAAAUUUUCAUGAUUUUCCC